AUGAAUGGGGAGACAUUUUAUGAAUGGAUGGAGGGUGUAUUGCCACGUUUAAAAGAGAACUGCGUGAUAAUCAUGGACAAUGCAUCAUAUCAUUCUAUGAAGCUGGAUAAAGCACCGUCGUCGCAGACCAGAAAGGCUGAUAUUAUAAAAUGGUUGGAGGAUAAAGGCGAGGUUAUAGACAAACCUAUGUGUAUACCACAACUUCUGGACAUUGUGAAAAGAAUCAAACCACGGCAUCAGAAAUACGUAAUUGACGAAUUGGCCAAAAAACAUAACCGUGAUGUACUUCGACUACCUCCAUAUCAUUGCGAGCUGAAUCCCAUAGAAAUGGUUUGGUCAUCUGUAAAAAGGUACGUACGGAUGAACAAUACAACAUAUAAAUUACAGGAUGUCAAAAAUUUAUUAAUUGAGGCAUCGAACGUGUGGAUGCAGACAUGUGGAAGAAUUAUAUAA